AUGGCCCGAAACGCAGAAAAGGCCAUGACGGCCUUAGCAAGAUUUCGCCAGGCUCAGCUGGAAGAGGGGAAAGUAAAGGAGCGAAGACCCUUCCUUGCCUCAGAAUGUACUGAACUGCCUAAAGCCGAGAAGUGGAGACGACAGAUCAUUGGAGAGAUCUCAAAAAAAGUGGCUCAAAUUCAGAAUGCUGGUUUAGGUGAAUUCCGGAUCCGCGACCUGAAUGAUGAAAUUAACAAGCUGCUGCGAGAGAAAGGACACUGGGAGGCCCGGAUCAAGGAGCUGGGCGGUCCUGACUAUGGGAAAGUUGGCCCUAAAAUGCUGGACCACGAAGGGAAGGAAGUCCCAGGAAAUCGAGGUUACAAGUACUUCGGAGCAGCAAAAGACCUGCCUGGUGUCAGAGAGCUGUUUGAGAAAGAGCCCCUUCCUCCUCCACGAAAGACGCGCGCCGAGCUCAUGAAGGCGAUUGACUUUGAGUACUACGGCUACCUCGACGAGGACGACGGCGUCAUCGUGCCCCUGGAGCAGGAGUACGAGAAGAGACACAGAGCCGAACUAGUGGAGAAGUGGAAAGCAGAGCGAGAGGCCCGCCUGGCUAGAGGAGAGAAGGAGGAGGAGGACGAGGAGGAGGAGGAGAACAUCUACGCUGUGGCCGAGGAGGAGUCCGACGAGGAGGGCGGCCCGGACAGCGGCGGGGAGGACGGGCAGCAGAAGUUCAUCGCGCACGUGCCGGUGCCAUCGCAGCAGGAGAUCGAGGAGGCGCUGGUGCGCAGAAAGAAGAUGGAGCUGCUGCAGAAGUACGCCAGCGAGACGCUGCAGGCCCAGAGCGAGGAGGCCCGGCGGCUCCUGGGCUGCUAG